UAAAGAAUCGUAACAACGACUAAGAUGUGUACUUUCGUUUUCGAAAAAAAAAUUGCGUCUUAAAAUAACCUAAACUAAAGUGAUUUUUGGACGGUAUUUGUUUCAUUACCCGUAUUGUAAUUUCAACAUGUUCGGCCUCAUUGUAGCAGGACGUCUUGUGCAGACAGACAUUACUCAGGUUUCAGAGAACCAGUUUUUGUUUAACAUCCCAGAUGCAGAUGACAUCAACCACCUAGUGAUCUUCAUGACCGGACAGAGUCCAUUUCCAGACGGCCUCGGAGCAGCAGUGUACUUUUCCUUCCCCAACCCACAGGGACAGGCCUGGGCUCUUCUAGGACAUAUCACCAACACAAAACCAAGUGCAAUAUUCAAAAUAACCAACAUCAAGAAAAGUUCUUUGAUGAACGAGAAUCCAUUUUCUUCCACCAUGCCGCAUGUCUCCCACAUGGGACAGGUCGGGAUUUCUGUGGAGCCACUAACCCAGUUGGCUCAACAGACGCCCGAGGCCGGAACCAGUGUCUCAAAAGUGGACUCGUUCGUGGAAUUCUCCCAGAAGAUGCUUGAAAAUUUCUUCAAUUAUGCUACCUCUUUUGCUGUGACUCAGUCCCAAAUGACACCCAGCCCAAAUGAGGCGUAUGUUACAAUGAAUGUUGUUCAGAACUGGUUUCAGAAUUUUCAGCGCCGUUUACAACAGAACCCAUAUUUUUGGAGACAAUAGGCUGUGUCAGUGUCAAAGAUGCGUGACAUGAGAGCUUUGUAGCAAUUCUUUAGCGUUGUUUGUUUUUUUUUUAAAGGAAGGGAGGAAGAGGUUAUGUUUGAAUGAAUUAGUGGAUGUUCGUGCUUGAAAGAUUGUCAGAUCUGACAAAAGAGGCUGCCAUAUGGAAUUUUUAUCUAUCAGCAAUAUUUUUUAUACUGUAAAACAAUCUGCUCUCCCGUCCCCUUUGUACUGGUUGUCUUAUAAAGAGCACAGGUGACAAUGGCCUGGUAUUGAAAUUGCUAUCUGCAUCCCCUAAAAUAGCUUAAAAUUGUAUUUAAUUCCGUAUCAUUUUAGCAUAUAAUGAACUUUAAGGAUUAAGAAUUAAGUAAUUGCAUGUGCACUGAAUCUUAAGUGUUUUAUAUUAUAUAAUGCAUAAAUUAAUGCACAAUCUAAUUCAAGAUUAAACCUUUCUUACUUAAAAUAAGUUGUCAGUGACUUGUUGCUGUAAUUUGAAUUUUGCAUUUCCUCUUGGACUGUUUUGUAUUGUGGUUACAGUACUAGAUGUCCUUUGACUCUAACCAAAGUUUAAACAGACCAUUCUGUGUACCGAAUCAAUUUUUCUAGAUUACUGUUCAGUCCCUUGCAUUGUGUGUGAAAACCAUUAAGCUCUCUUCUGUAGUUCCAGUAAAGUUACUAUGUUGAAUGGUGUACCGGUAUAAUAUUUAUAAGAGUUGAAAAUAAUACUUAUUUAGCAAUAAGAGAGUUGAUAAAUACCUUGAAAUAAUGCACUGUAAGGCAUGUUUUAACACUUGGAAUGAAAUUUUAAAAAUUUUACCUUUUGAUAGUUGUUUAUAUUGUAAAUCCUUUUGAAUAUUUAUAGCAGACAUUUAGAGAUUAACACUUAAAAAUAAAAAUUAUAGAAAAAAAAAUAGCUAGAAAAAGGAAAAAUUGUUCAGUUAAAUGCAGAUAGGUUUGAUAAGUUUGGCAAUGAUAGAAUGUCAGAGUGACAAUCAAAUUGUCUAUGACAUCAAAAGUUGACUGGGGUUACAAAAAAUAGUUCUGCUAUGACAAGCAGGUCACAGUUAGUUCCUUAAGUUGAAUGCUGAUAAUUAUGCGAUCAAAAAGUUGUGAAGCCAUCUUUAGAAACCAUCAAUGGCUGCAUAUUGUAGCCAUUAUUCACUUUUCAUAGAGUGUAUUUUCAUCAUGACAAAGAUUUUGUAAUUUUUUUCAUAUUUUUUUUUGUACAAAAUAAUUAAACCGAACCAUGAAAGGACACUGAAACAUUGAACAGAUAGGCUUUGUUUGAUAUGUAUUGCUAUAGUUCUAAUUACACUGUUUAUGAGUAAAGUAUGAGCUUAUGAUUUGUCCACUUUAUAAGUCCAUCUGUGUGUCCAUCUGUCACUCAAUCUUUGUGUUCAUCUAUGUUAUGUGGUUUUUUUUUUUUAUCUAUUUUUAAAGAAAUUUGCAUUGUUCUAGUAAUUAAUCAAAAACAGUGCAAGUUAUUGAUAUUUGUAGAAAAGUUGAAUUCUGUUGGUUUUGUUUUUGUAAUAAGAUUUAAAUUGCUGACUGUUAUGACUUUUUAAAAAAUGAAUUAUGUUUUCAAUAGCCCCAUGCAGUAUAUAUAAUCUGCAGCUACAUAUAGACAUGUAAACUAUGCAUAAGAUUUGGAGUUUCUGUAUAGGUACAUAUAUAUAUGAAAUAAUUCUCUCAUAUUUUUGGGAUGAUUGCUGAAUUUGUGUCUAUUUGUUUGUGAACAAAACCAUUUACAAGCAAAAUAAAAUGAAAAUGUGAAGUGUA